UGGAAAAAAGUUGUGUCGGUGGUGGGGGGUGUAUAUAUUUAGGGGUGAGACUCUGGUUGACGCUCCUUGUAUUUCGCGAUCAGUCGCCUCUCGUCUAAAUUGUUGUUCGUUUUCUCUCUCUCUCUCUCAUUCCCAUCCUUCUUCGUUCCGUGGAGGGAUUUUUGUUCAAAAAGUUUUUUCCUUGUUUGAUUGCUAUUUUGUGGAUCCUGAUCGAAUACCCGGACAGUUGAAGAAAUUAUAUAAUCUGAAAUGGCGACAUUCAAGCCCAAAAAUAUCCUCCUCACUGGAGGUGCCGGAUUCAUUGCUUCACAUGUUGCAAACCGGCUCAUCAGAAACUAUCCCGAGUACAAGAUUGUUGUGCUUGACAAACUUGAUUACUGUUCUAAUCUCAAAAAUCUGCUCCCGUCUAACUCCUCUCCCAACUUCAAAUUUGUCAAGGGGGACAUUGCCAGUGCAGACCUUGUCAACUACCUUCUCAUUACUGAGAACAUUGACACUAUAAUGCAUUUUGCAGCCCAGACUCAUGUUGACAAUUCUUUUGGAAACAGUUUUGAGUUCACCAAGAACAAUAUUUACGGUACCCAUGUUCUUCUGGAGGCCUGCAAAGUUACCGGCCAGAUUAGAAGAUUUAUCCAUGUUAGUACAGAUGAGGUCUAUGGAGAGACUGAUGAGGAUGCUGUUGUUGGAAACCAUGAGGCCUCACAACUCCUUCCAACAAAUCCCUACUCUGCAACAAAAGCUGGGGCGGAAAUGCUUGUCAUGGCUUAUGCUAGAUCUUAUGGGUUGCCUGUCAUCACCACCCGAGGGAACAAUGUUUAUGGCCCCAAUCAGUUUCCUGAGAAGCUAAUUCCCAAGUUCAUCCUUCUAGCUAUGAGGGGGAAGAAACUUCCCAUCCAUGGAGAUGGCUGCAAUGUGCGAAGUUACCUUUACUGCGAGGAUGUUGCAGAGGCCUUUGAAGUCAUUCUUCACAAGGGAGAACUUUGUCAUGUUUACAACAUUGGGACAAAGAAGGAGAGGAGAGUCACAGAUGUUGCCACAGACAUAUGCAAACUAUUCAACAUGGAUCCAAAAGAGAACAUUCAGUAUGUGGAGAACAGACCCUUUAAUGAUCAAAGGUACUUCCUUGAUGACCAAAAGCUCAAGAAUCUGGGUUGGGCCGAGAGGACGACAUGGGAAGAAGGGCUGAAAAAGACCAUGGAGUGGUACACAAACAAUCCUGACUGGUGGGGCGAUGUUUCUGGUGCAUUGUUGCCUCAUCCGAGAAUGCUGAUGAUGCCUGGUGGAAUUGAAAGGCAUUCUGAUGGAUCUGAGAAGUGUACUUCAUCUGGUAACCCUGAGUUCACCACAAAUUCCAACCAGAAUAAAAUGUUGGUACCGCCUCCCAAGAGUCCAUCAUCACAGAAAUCUUCCAUAAAAUUCUUGAUCUAUGGCAAGACUGGAUGGAUCGGUGGUUUGCUCGGGAAAUUGUGCGAAAAACAGGGCAUUCCCUAUGAAUAUGGAAAGGGCCGUCUCGAGUUUCGCACACAGCUUUCUGCUGACAUCCUUGCUGUUAAACCAACCCAUGUUUUCAAUGCUGCAGGUUUAACUGGUAGACCCAAUGUCGACUGGUGUGAAAGCCAUAAGAUGGAAACGAUCCGUACCAACGUGGUGGGUACAUUGACCCUGGCUGAUGUAUGCAAAGAGCAUGGGCUCCUUCUGAUGAACUAUGCCACUGGAUGCAUAUUUGAAUAUGAUGCUUCGCAUACUCAAGGUUCAGGAAUUGGGUUCAAGGAGGAAGACAAGCCCAAUUUCAUUGGCUCAUUCUAUUCGAAGACAAAAGCAAUGGUUGAAGAGCUCUUGAAAGAAUUCGACAAUGUGUGCACCCUGAGAAUCCGGAUGCCAAUAUCCUCUGACCUGAACAAUCCUCGCAACUUCAUCACUAAGAUCUCAAGGUACAACAAGGUUGUCAACAUCCCAAACAGCAUGACUGUCCUGGAUGAGCUUCUCCCCAUCUCGGUCGAGAUGGCCAAGCGCAACCUCCGGGGAAUAUGGAACUUCACUAACCCUGGCGUUGUCAGCCACAACGAAAUCUUGGAGAUGUACAAGAAGUACAUGGAUCCGGGUUUCAAAUGGACAAACUUCAGUUUGGAAGAGCAAGCAAAGGUAAUUGUUGCACCGAGAAGCAACAAUGAGUUGAAUGCCACCAAGUUGAAGAAAGAGUUCCCGGAGUUGCUGUCGAUUAAGGAGUCGUUGAUCAAGUACGUUUUCGAACCUAACAGAAAAACCUCUGCAUAGUUGUUUUUUCAUAUUAUAUAUCUAUGGUGAGCUGAUUCUGCUGCAUUCUUUCUGGUUGUCGUAUAUGAUCUGCAUCAGUUAGUUUUAGAUUAAUGCCAUGCUUACUUAGCUUUCGGCAUGCAAUUUUCAAUUCUUUUUAGUAGAAAAUUUUAUUAGAUUCAAAUUUUUUACUAUAUAUUAUCAUAGGUUGAGGAAGAUUGAUCUGAUUUGUUGUUGGUUUUGUGUCCUUGUGCUUGAAAAAAAAUGGAGUUGAUGUGUCAAUUAAUUUGUAUAUGAUGAAUAUGUAUUGUAAAUUUCUGUAA